AUGGAUGAUUUCACGAAUUCGUUUUUGCAGAAAUUGAUGCCAAAAAAAUAUUUAAAAGAAAUUAAUGAAGAUGAUAUUCAACAAAAGUACAGGAAGAUUAAUUUAUUCAACACUAUAAAAACUUCAAAAGUAAUUUGCAGCCAAAAACGUCGUGGUUUGCCAACCAAACAAAAAAAAAAGUUGAAGCUCUUGAGUUUAGAUGAGAACGAAAAAAUAUACAACCUAUACAUACCACUACACGAGUUGUGGCUAGACUAUAUGAACACUUUGCUAGAUGGUUGCACAUCUGAUAAAAAAGAGAUGGGAAGAAGAAUUUUGAAGGCUGAUCUUCAUGGCUGUGAGAUUGAAGUAUGCAAAUCUAAAUGCCCUUCUCUGGUUGGCCUAAAAGGUAUCAUAUUGAUUGAAACUAAAAAUACAAUGAACAUCAUAACCAGAUCAAACGAGGUUAAAAAAAUUCCAAAACAUAAUUGUUUAUUUUCCAUAAAAGUGCUGGGAUUCAAAAUAACAAUCUUUGGCAAUAAUUUGCAAUUCAAAGCCAGUGAAAGAUCUACGAAAAGUUUUAAAAAUAAGCCAGCCAUUGAAUUUUGA